AACUGGUUGUAACCGUAGAGAAACAGUUGUGGUAUCGGUCGAGGGAGCGCGGGAUACACUAUUGAACCAGUGCUGGUCGCACGGGUACACUGAUCUCAUGCGCUAUUACAUUUGACUUUUACAUGGAGUUGAAAGAACAUGAAGUGUGAACUCAGAACUAUGUUAACAUCAACGCUGCUGCAAUUACUUUUGUUUUCAUUGACAGCUGGGUUAUAUCAUGCUGCGCCGCGCGCCUCUAACAACAAUGAACUAUCUGACUCAAGUCAACCAGCGGUGCCCGAAAUAACACUUGGGGUGAUCAGUACUACUAUGCCCAACUAUUUACCUGAGGACAAGGUAAGGUUCUCCACAAAUUCACAACUCAGUCAAGUUUCUACUGCGACCUCGGCGGCGACCAAGAUCACUAGUAAAACCACUCCGUCUUAUCAAACAAACAAGUUGACCGGAGAUGCAAAGACCAUCAUUAGUGACCCAACGACGAAGGAACCCUCUGUAAAAAGCAAGGACGCUACAGUGUUCACAACCCCCACUGCGUUUACAGGAAUAUUUGGACCGACAACAACACUCACUUCUUCGACAGGUCUUACAUCCAGAGCUACCGAAACAAAGACGACUUCGACGGUAACCUUUCAGCCUCCACCUGUCUCCACUACUGACAGGCAAUCAACUGAGAUCCAGUGUAACUGUAGCAGUGAGGGGUCGGUGGACGUGGACAACUGUGACCGCGGCACCGGCCAGUGCGUCUGCCUGCCCGGCUACACGGGGCAGCGGUGUGACGACUGCCAGGAGGCCCACUUCGAUAACGGCACCACCGGUUGCAUCCCAUGCGGCUGCGACUCCUUCGGCGCUGUUGGACCUCUGUGUGACAGCUCCGGAGCGUGUGUGUGUAAGACGGGCGUGUACGGAGACAAGUGUGAUGAGUGCCACCCGGGGUUCUUCCGCUUCAGCGACAUGGGGUGCCAGCCGUGCCAGUGCAACAAUCACUCCAGCUCCUGCCACCCACAAUCAGGCGUCUGCUUGAACUGCCAAGGCAACACGAAAGGACCCGCCUGUGAGGAAUGCAAGUAUAAUUUCUACCGGAGGCCCGGCGCAGCCCCGGCUGAAGCCUGCAUCCCGUGUCCCUGCUCCAGUGUCACCUCUUCGGGCAGCUGUCACAUUGACCCUAGUGGACAGUCGGUGUGUGACCAAUGCAAGCCGGAGUACCAGGGGCCCCACUGUGACCAAUGCAAGGAUGGCUUCUACAACGCCGACAGCAUCUGUCUGCCCUGCAAUUGCAGCGGGAAUGCCGACCCCAGGACAUCGCCGCGCGUUUGCAACCCUGAGACGGGCCACUGCAUGAGCUGUGUCAACAACACGGCGGGGAAGCACUGCGAGCGCUGCGCCGAGGGCUACGUGGGCACUGCCGUUGACCACAGCUGCAGAGCCUCAGUCACUGUACCCCCUGAGCCGACAGCCCCGCCCUCCUCCAUUGGACGCACCAUGACCUCCACCUCGAACGCGACCGCCGCUACGCUCACCACCACCGCCUCCAGCUCCACCACGAGCCUCCUUGCCAACGCCACGACGGCCGUCGCCGAGGUCUCCUGGACCCAGUUCAACGUCAUCGUCCUGGCCGUGAUCAUUGCGGCGCUCGUGGUGCUGAUGGCCGCGGCAGGCGGCGUGUACACCUACCGCGAGUACCACAACCGCAAGCUGAACGCGCCGUUCUGGACCAUCGAGCUGAAGGAGGACAACAUCAGCUUCAGCAGCUACCACGACAGCCUGCCCAACAUGGCGGACGUGUCGGGCCUGCUGGAGGACGAGGCCGGCGUGGAGGUGGCGCCCACAGGACAGCUGACACUCAGUAGCCCCAUCAACAUGUAUAAGGCAUGAUGCUGGGCCAGGGGCUGGACCGCUGCGCCCUUGUCA